AUGACUCUCGCCCUGGCUUUGCGAUGGCGCCGUGCCACCCACCGUCACCUCUGCUCCUAUAACGAUGCUACACGGUUUCCCGAAGCCCUCCUCAUCGCCGUGUUUGAGCGCUACUACGUCAUCUUGAGGACAGUCGCCCGAUAUGGCUCCUCUGUCCCGGGCCCGAUGGAGAAUAGGAGGCGCAUAGGGAAGAGACAAAUGGGAGAGCUUAACUUUGGCCAGUCUCACCCAGCCUCACCAUUGUGGGCGCUAGAAAAUCUACCCGACCUUACACGAUGGAAAUGGAAGCCACCUUCACCACCAAAUGCGCUACUUCAGCGAAGUGGAGUUGAAAAGGUAGAAGGAAGAAGCAUGAUACAAUCCGUCUUGGGCUGGUUCGCUGGUCGUGUUAAUCCAGCUCCGGACACGGCCUCGGACGACAUAGGGGAUCAGUUGACACGUACACCAGACAUUAUAGAGCAACCUCUGCAGAAAAUAGUCUGGGAUGCUCAGACUAGCCCACCGUUGGUGAUUAAAACGGGGCUUGAGCUUUUAUUUCGAGAUUUAUCAUCAGAUGCGACGGACCGGACAAGACCGAACUUCACAGGAUUCUGUGACAAUUGGAGAAUGUCUUUGGCUAGUGGUAUUUUUUCUAGCGAGGCCAUCUGUUCUAUACUAGAUGGUAUCCAGAACGAACUCUCCAUGCUACAGUCGGACACCAUCAAGCCUUUGAAGCGAAUCAUAGCUGAUGCAGUUAUGCUGAGCCUACUCAAAGCAACAACCCGAGGGCUAUCUCAUAGCGGUGUACACAAACACAACGAUUCCGACCUCCUGGUUUGGGGUUAUAUAUUACGGGGAAUGUCGAAGCUACAAAUAAAUACCCUUGGCGUACUUGCAGAGACUAUGGCCAAUAUACCAGAGCGUCACCUCGUCGACAUGCCUACAAAUAUACUGGAAAAUUUGUGCGCCAAUUUAAAUACCUAUUUAUUGGCUUCUGGGCGUGAGAGAGAACGUUCGUCACUGAUCCGCCAAGCCGGUCAGAUGGCCACAAUUUUGAGAAGUCUUAACCUAGCCAAAUAUCCCCAGAUAUUGCAACGCGGUACUCUAUAUGUGUCAAAUUAUAUGGCACGGAAGACGUGCGAUUACGAUCGAGUACGUUACAGCUGGCUGCAACUUUUAGCCAGGCUACCAAACAUAGAUUUCAACUACUUGAUAGCAGCGUGCUUUGUUCUUGAAUCUGGAAGAUAUGCCCGACCUCUCUCGAAUAGAGAGAUUUGCGAGAUGUAUCUUGCUAGACAUCGAUCUACGGUUGUGGAUGCACCAACAGUGGCAAAUACCCUCACGGAAAGAAUACCCGGAGAAAGGGACGAGCUGUUCUAUGGUUAUUUCAUCCUGGCAUUAUGGAGGACCAAACAAUUCGACCAUGUUAAAGCGUUUUGUAAUUUCCUCGAGAAGCUCGGCCGACAUCAAGAUAUCAUGCGUCUCGCGAAAGCUUUCCGGAAUCUUGUGAAGAAUGAGGUGAGACCGCUGGUGAAUCUUACCAUCGGAGUACGCCAGCCUCUACUCGCUAUAGAAAUUCUUAGUCUCUACGAGAAGAGUAGAACCGGCUCUAAGAAAUUCUGGCAGUCUAAGUCUUCAACCAAGGUCUUGAAACUUUUGACAAGAUCUCCAUCCCUGAGACAAACUGAAAUUCUCCGCGCGUUGCGUAUAAAGUAUCGGGCAAGGAGGAACCGAAUACGGUACAGGCUCGCGACGAAGCGUCAAAUCCUAAAGGCAACUAAAGCAGCGAGGGCGGUUGCCCUUUCGCCAAUCAUAUCACCUAGGGCCUCCCUGACCCUAAUUACACAUUGUACAAAUUAUCUUCAGAGUUUUUCCAGGGCUGUCAUACCAACACCAGUCUUGCGGGCUCUAUUACAUAUUGUCACAAGGGAUCUCGCGCGUGGGGAGCCAGGCAGAACUAGCCGAAUUCGUUGGGUUUUGGGGUUGUUGCACAAGCACGUCAGCCGCGACAAGAUGAUACGGAUAGGGCUGGGUAUUAGGCGAUGGAGAGAGCUCAAUAACCGGUGUCGCCGCGAGAGUGCCGGAUGA